UACUUGGUGUGCUUCUGUAACCGGAUCGGGAAGUGAACCGAAACAUAGCAGCUGCUGUUAGGAGCGGUUGGUGUCGUUCUGUGCCGAUUAUUGUGCGUGGUUCGAUGGCGAUUGGGGAUGAUCCAUUUGUCGGAUGGUAAGAUGUAGCGAUAAAAUAAAACGAAACGGUGAUUACUCGGCAUGACUCGUUGGAUUGCAGCUGGGAUUGACCCUGCGGUAACUGGCUGAAUGUGAAAGUGGUAGAAAGUGUAAUGGAAAGAAGCACACACUUACCGGGAAAUUUCAAAUAGGGUGCCAAGUGAUGAUAACGAAGUGGGAAAAGUUUUACCGUUCCAAGCCUAUCUCGUGGUGCAAAUUGCUCGCUUUAGUGCCCCCAGAAGUGCAGACCGUGGUGAUAAAUUGGAUUUGUGAUGCUAGUUGUCAACGUUGCCACGACCGUUACUAUCAACUAGAUUUACAGUUUUGCGUAAUUGGAUAAACGUCAGCAACACUCAGUUUUGUUUGGUCAGAAAACCGGAAAAGUUCGCCAUAACUGAUUUAACGGGAAUAGAAUGAAAAGUAAUGCAUAAACCCCAACAGUAUAAUGGAGCAAUAAUUGGAUGCGUUGAGCUGGAGUGACCACGCAGCCAGUCAGUGGCCAGGAUAAAAUUAAAAUGAUAAAACAACUGGCAGUGGCUGUUGUUCGUGCUAGCACUGAAACAAUAUAUUGUACCGUUAAUCUAGCUUCGAGAAAGAGCUGAGAGAGUGCAACAGGAGUGCUAUGAGGAGCUGAAUCACAUCGCAUAUUUUAUAACACAUUUGUUUAGUUAUAUGAAAAUUAGAAGUUUGUGAAAAGUGAGAUCCUCUCGGUAUCCUGGAAGGAAUCAGAAUUUGCUGCAAGUUGAACACACAUCGUAGUGAAGGGGGAACACCAAAGAUUAAAUUAUGAUAAACAUUGUUUUCUUUUUGGGAUUAUCGAGAAACUUGAACUGCCUGUUCCGAGCCUGGAUCUUCGCGUUGUACUUUCUUCAAGGAAUCCCGUUCCUGCAUACUGGAAUGAUUUCGUUCAAAGAAAACAGUGACAUGAUUUUUCGGACAGCAUUUUUCCUGCUAUCGCCGCACAAUCCGAGCGAAAAGCUUACGCUGCACGCCAAUGACAAAGAAAAUAGUGAUAAUCAGAAUAGUGUACCAAGUAGUGAUAGUGCUGAAAUCGAUUCCGCCAUGUUCGAUUUCGACAGUGAGAGUGAAGAUUUGCUCAAAUACUAUAAGACGCCAAUGGAAUUCGGGACGGUGAACUCUACGAUAGUGACAUCACAGGUCGGCUCGACUGCGCACAUACCCUGCCGAAUACAUCACAUCGGAGAGGGUGUGGUGUCAUGGAUCAGGCGGAAAGACUACCACCUACUCACCGUUGGGCUGACGACCUACAGUAGCGACGAACGAUUCAGUGCCACACACCUGCAGAACUCCGAGGAUUGGACGUUGCAGAUAAAGUUCGUACAGGACCGCGACGCCGGAUGGUACGAGUGCCAGGUUUCAACGCAUCCACCGACGUCGAUCUUCCUGGAGCUCCGGGUAGUAGAGGCCCGUGCAGAGAUAGUCGGACCACAAGUGAAGUACUUAACACCUGAUUCGAUGCUGAAAUUGAUAUGCCGUGUCGUACAGAGCACCGAAGCAUCCGCUUUCAUAUUUUGGUAUCACAAUAACCGAAUGAUAAACUACGAUGUAGAUAGAGGCAUUAAUGUUUCCACCGAGGCAGAUUUCCACUAUUCGGAGCUCACCAUCAAUCACGCCACAAAGGAACGUUCCGGGAAUUAUACAUGUGUACCGAGCAACUCCCAGCCAGCCAGCGUCGUGGUGCACAUAUUUAAAGGCGACCACCCCGCUGCAAUGUACCACGAACAUCGCAGUUCCUCCACGAUACCAUACCGAGAUAAAAGGCUGUUUGAGCUGGUGUUAUGUAUUAUAGUUCUGUUCUGUACGGCACUAGUUUUUUGAAAACUCACUGCAAUGAAAGCAGGUUCAUUUCCAUUCAGUCGGAGAGGAGAGCAUGAUAGCGCCGCAAAAUGGUUAAAGUUUUGGCAGAUGUGCAACAAAACCUUGUUCUGGAUCAUCAUCCAGUCGUCAAAAUGAGAAAAUCGUUGAAAUUGCGUUCAGUUCAUUUAGUAAAUAUGAAAUUCAACGCAUAAUAGUUUAUAAGUUAUGAAAACAGCGUUGAAGCUCAGUUUGGUAUGAUAGAACAUUUCAACAGGCAGACUGUUCUUGCAAAUACGCAAGAUGUUUAGUAUAUGUUGUUUUUGAUUUUAUAAAUAAAUGUUUUAUAAUAACAAA